AUGACAGCCGACAUCAAGACACUGCUUUUGGCCGCCCUCGGCGCGGUCGCAGUUGCUUGGCUGGCUCAAUCGUUUGGCAAACGCUCGUCGCUGCCCUUACCCCCGGGGCCGAAACCGGCCCUGUUGAUUGGGAAUAUUCACCAGCUCCCUAAGAGCCUCCAGUGGCUGCAUCUAUACCACUUGAGCAAGGAAUAUGGACCAAUCAUGCACUUCAGCAUGGCCGGUCAGCCCCUCAUUAUCCUGUCGACGCAUCAAGUCGCGCACGAUCUGCUCAACCGGCGGAGUGGACGCUACUCUGAUCGGCCGCGCAUGGUCAUGGCCGGUGAGCUGGUGACGAAGAAUAUGCACAUGCUGCUUCGGCCCUAUGACGAGCGAUACAAGCUACACCAGCGCAUGGAAGCCCCUCUCCUGGUGCUCCGCUCGGCGAGCAACUACCGCCCUCUCCAGGAUCUCGAGUCGCAGCAGCUGCUAUUCGAUGUGCUGGGAGAGUGGGAUAAGUUUGGCGAGAAGGGUGUCGACUUCCACCACCAUUUCGAGCGAGCCAUGGCGAGUACCAUCUACUGCCUCAACUACGGGUACCGAUUACAGACAGGCUAUGAGAAAGAGCUCAUGGACGGCAAGAAGGUGCAGGCCGAGUUCGCCCGGACGGGCCAGGUCGGCGCGUACCUUGUCGACUCGUUUCCUUCACUGAACUACCUGCCGAAAUUCCUCGCGCCCUGGAAGAAGGAGGGCGAGGGGCUGUACGAGCUGGAGCGACAGUUGCACGUCGGGAACCUCAAGAAAGGGUUGAGUAACCGCGGCUGGAACUUCACCAAGUAUAUGAAGGACUCUCCCGAAGCUGUCACUAUGCCCGAGGAAGAGCUCGCGUUCGACCUGGGCAUUCUCGCGGAUGCAGGUUUGGAUACUUCGACCGUUGCGCUAGACUGGUUUAUUGUCGCUUGGAUCACCUCGGGCUCGACGUGGGUGAAGAAGGCACAGCAGCUUCUCGACGAGGUCGUCGGCAAGGAUCGAAUGCCUACCUUUGAGGAUCGUCCGAAGCUAGCAUAUAUCGAUGCCAUUGCGAGCGAAACCCUCCGCUGGCGCCCCGUUGUUGUAUCCGGCGUCCCCCACUUCACAAAGGUCCAAGAUGAAUAUAUGGGCUACCAUAUCCCAGCGAACUCCACCGUCCUCCCCAACGCCUUUGCCAUCUCCCAUGACGAGUCAAUCUUUGGCGAAGACGUAGAUUCCUUUAUCCCUGAGCGCUGGCUCGCCGAGGAUCCACCGUCCGAACCCUCGAUCGACGCCUGCGGCUUCAACACUUCCGCCCUUAAGGAUCUCCCGCACAUCGGCUUCGGUUGGGGACGUCGCAUCUGCACAGGUCGCUUCAUUGCGCGCAAUCAGCUAUUUAUCCAGAUGGCGCGUAUGCUCUGGGCGUUUGACGUCGACGCCGGGGUUGUCGAUGAGAAGACGGGGAGGAGGCACAAUGUUGACGAUAUGGAUUGUACCGAAGGGUUCGUUACGCUUCCGAAGCCGUUUAGGGCUGUUAUGCGGCCCAGAGGGGAGUGGGUUCGCCAGAGGAUCUUGGAGCGGGGGACGACACAUGGGUUGGAUCAUGCAAAGAUCUUGCAGAACGCAAAACUUGGUCGGUCGUGA